CCCUUACCGGUGUCCUCUCUAAGGCCCAGGCGCGGUCCAGGCAGCAGCGCGCUCACGAGCUCGCCGCUUGCGGCGGUCACGCGCACGCACGCUUGUGCGCACGAUCCCUGAGAACCCGGAAGUGCGAGGGAGCGGAGAGCCACGUGGGUGGAGCUGGAUCGCAGCUCGCAUGGGGGAGUCUAUCCCGCUGGCCGCCCCGGUCCCGGUGGAACAGGCGGUGCUGGAGACGUUCUUCUCUCACCUGGGUAUCUUCUCUUACGACAAGGCCAAGGACAAUGUGGACAAGGAACGAGAGGCCAACAAGAGCGCGGGGGGCAGCUGGCUGUCGCUGCUGGCGGCCUUGGCCCACCUGGCCGCGGCCGAGAAGGUCUAUCACAGCCUCACCUACCUGGGGCAAAAACUAGGGGGCCAGUCCUUCUUCAGCAGGAAGGAUUCCAUCCGCACCAUCUACACUUCCCUGCACAACGAGCUGAAGAAGGUGGUGACUGGCCGAGGGGCGCUCGGCGGGACCGCCCCUCAUGUGGAAGAACUACUUUCCCACCUGUCAGAGCAGCUCUGCUUCUUCGUUCAGGCCCGGAUGGAGAUCGCAGACUUCUAUGAGAAGAUGUACACCCUCAGCCCACAGAAGUUCAUCAAUGCUGAAGAGCUCGUUGGCCUCUUGGACACCAUCCUCAAGAAGUACAGCUCCAGGUUUCACCACCCCAUCCUCAGUCCUUUGGAAAGCAGUUUCCAGCUGGAAGUUGACGUCCUGAGCCAUCUGCUGAAGGCCCAGGCUCAGGUGUCCGAGUGGAAGUUCCUCCCAUCUCUGGUGAACUUACACAGCGCUCACACCAAGCUGCAGACUUGGGGCCAGAUCUUUGAAAAGCAGCGAGAGACCAAGAAACAUCUGUUUGGAGGGCAGUCACAGAAGGCCGUGCAGCCCCCACACCUUUUCCUUUGGCUGAUGAAACUCAAAAACAUGCUUCUUGCCAAGUUUAGCUUUUACUUUCACGAGGCGCUGAGCCGACAAACUACUCCUUCAGAAAUGAAAACGUUGACUGCAAAAGCCAACCCGGACUUCUUCGGAAAGAUUUCUAGCUUCAUCAGGAAGUACGACGCUGCCAAUGUGUCCUUAAUCUUUGACAACCGAGGUUCUGAGAGCUUUCAGGGUCACGGCUAUCACCACCCCCAUUCCUACAGAGAGGCCCCAAAGGGUGUGGACCAGUAUCCAGCUGUGGUGUCUCUGCCCAGCGACAGGCCGGUCAUGCACUGGCCCAAUGUCAUCAUGAUCAUGACAGACCGCACGUCCGACCUGAACAGCUUGGAGAAAGUGGUCCACUUUUAUGAUGACAAAGUCCAGAGCACCUACUUCCUAACCCGCCCAGAACCUCACUUUACCAUCGUUGUCAUUUUUGAGUCAAAGAAAUCUGAAAGGGACUCCCACUUUAUUUCCUUCCUCAAUGAGCUCUCACUUGCCCUUAAGAACCCCAAAGUUUUUGCAAGUCUGAAACCUGGCUCCAAAGGCUAGCAGGUGAUUUGUGUGACAGGUUUUCAAGAUUGGAAAUUGUGUUCUUAAUUGCUCUAAUGAUCUACUGUGGUCUGUGAUUAGAGUUUCCAUCCAUCCAUGCUUCUCCCAGAGCUAAAUUAGAGACAAAUCCUCCCUAAUUGUGUCGCACACUUUAUAAGCAAUUAAGGCCAAUUUGAAUUAAGUAUCCACAGAGUAAUCUAGGAAGUGAUUGUGGCUAUCGUGUAUAACUGUGGGACAGCAACGUACUUUCGGUAUUUUCUCCUGUUUUCCUGUAUUUCAUGUAGACUGAAUAUUUAUUGGCUUUUGAUUUUUCUUUCCACAUGUUUUAUAUUGUCCUAAACUUUCUGUUUUAAUGCAAUUCCAAAUACUUUCUGCUUGCCCUUCCUUCUGGGAUGAGUAAUUGGGAUAAGAUAUUAAAUGGCCUUUUCAGAAUCAA